AUGCCUGGUGACCGUCGCUACCAUCCGUGGUUUCACGACAACCUGGGAUGCGACCAAAUUACGUUCCUGGAGCUGGUCGCCUGGUUUCGCACCGCCAUGGUCGACUUCUACCACCGUGCAUCCAACCACUCAUUCGAGAAGAAACUGGUCGUGCUUCUCUACUUUUUGAGGUCCCAAGGAGGUUACCGAGAGACUUCGGCUGCUUUUGGGAUGUCAAAGUCAUGGUGUGUCGACACCAUUGCUGCCUUUGUCAGAUCGACGGAACCCUAUUUGAUAUUCAACGUCCUCGAGAUUACGACGGCUUUUACAACCGGCGAUCCGUCCCUGAACGUGCAAGCCGUCGUCGAUGCAAGCCUUCGGUUCAUGUACGUUGACAUUCGCCCAGGCUCGUACUCCGACAAAAAGACUUGGAAAGCGUCAACGUUCGGUCAGUCCAUUCAGCGGCGCAUGCCAAUUGGCUGUUUCAUUAUUGGUGACGCAGGGUACACUUUGCUGCCUUGGUUAAUGACACCAUUUUUGCCCCACAAGAAAGGUGGUAUCUUGUCGAAGCUGCAAAAGAACUUCAACUACAAACACUCCAGCUCGCGAAUGGUGGUGGAAUGCGCUUUUGGACGAUUGAAGGAGCGAUUCCGAGUCUUAAGACAACCAUGA